AACAAACGGAGACGUAACAUCCCCUUUCAAACAUUCUGAGUACGGGCCUGAUAGACAUCCCGAUUGUGUAAAUUUGCACUUGACAACAAACAAGUAGUAGCAAAUGACUGGUAAUGGAAAGUUGCUACUAAAUAAUGUCUAGGUUUACAGAUGGAACAAGUUGUUGAUCUAAUUGUACAGUAAUUAGAGAAACGUGACGACGGUUCAAAGAAAGGGGUAAACACAUAAGAUUCUCUCACGUAAAUGUGUGAAAGUGUAAUGUGGUAAGAAGGCUUCGGCCAUCCAGUUCUUAUAAGUUAUUAACAUUCGCUAAUCUAAGUGUGUGGUGAACUUAAUGUGACAUCAAAGGCCCCAAAGAAUUUAACCUGAAACUAGACCUGUCUAUAUUAGCCUUUGCAACAAUGUCUGUGCUAUCACUUUGUUGUAAUAGGUUGCGUAGUAAUAUAUUUCUGGUAAAACAUGAAAUGUUAAUUUCUUAGAGGGCAUUAAGGUGUAAAACAUUAUAAUGGCGGGAAGUAUACCUGGAUGAUUCCAGAAAAUAAGUUGACCCAAACAUGUAUUUUUUAAUAUAUCGUGUCAUUACUUAUUAGCAAGCGAAGAAUAACAGAGUCAUCAUUAUCAAUUGUGAAAUUAAACCCGAGUCGAAGUUGAAAGUUGUCUGAACAUAUACAAAAUGGCUGAUCUCGGUGAUCAUCAUAGAUUGUUUUUGCAGUCAUUGAUGUGUCGAAAAAUUUGUAGUGCCCCAGAAACUGAAGAGCUUUAUCACACUUGUUGCAGGAAUUUUGAUAUUGAAGGUGAUCAGUUUUUCAUUCGCUUGAACGGUGAAUUAAGUCAGAAUAUUAACAGCAUCAAUAAGCAUAUUAAACCAUUGCAUAUGGAGAUCAGGAAGGGAUUGGCAGAAGAUACUGGAAUGCAGUACUAUGCUCUAGUUAACACUACAGAAAGCUCUAUUUCACGACUUUCAAGUGACUAUUCUUCUGCAGAUCUGGAACUCUUCAAAAAAAUUCUGGAAAAAGUUGUCCUUGCAGACAAUGGAGUAAUAUCAUCCAUGGUUGUUCUGAAUCUAACUCAUGAACUAGAAAAGCGAAUGUCUAAAAAAGAGGCAGAACAUCUGCUGGCCCGAUUGGUAGAAGACAAGUGGCUCAUUCAGGAGGAAGGGGAGAUAUCUUUGAGCCCUAGAACUUUGAUCGAAAUGGAUAAAUAUUUGAAAGAAAUGUUUGGAGAAAACCUCCAAACCUGCCUCAUGUGUAAACAAAUUGUGUUGAAAGGAAAGUCUUGUAAAGACUGUCAAAUUAAGCUGCAUGGACAUUGUGCCAAUCGCUGCUUUCAAGGACGAGGACGAGCACAGUGUCCAAGGUGUGGUUGUGACUGGCCAGAUCACAGUCCUCAGCAGAUUACUGGUGUGUGAGAUUUUUGGUAAAAUUGUUGCCUCUGUUUACAUACAUUUUAGACAAAUUUUUGUAUUAUUCAGAUAUUUGAAUAAAAAAAAGAUCACAAUGAGACAUAAUUUCCUUAUCAAUUAUAUCUAUCUAAAUGUGUAUAUUUUUAUGGUGAUAUCAUCUUAGUGUAUCAACUUGUACAAAUCAUUAGCUACUAAUCUACCUGUGUACAAUAAGUUACUCAGUAUUUUCAUCCUUUUAAUUGAUGAAUUGAAAUGGUUUGAGACCAUUGAAAACAUAACAAAUGUAUAUGAUUAGUAAUAUCCCAACUUAGUACUUUAAAAGCUGGGUCUUUUAUCUUUAUAUUUAA